AUGCCACCAUCUCGAAGACGAGCACCACCGCCCCAGGCUGCGCCGGCCAAGCAUUCCGAGGCAGCUGUGCACAGUACCGGUAGCGAUAUCGGCGGUGACCCGUCUACAAACACCGCUCGGCCCCACGCUGGAAAGCGCCGAGUCGUCUCUGCGACUUUACCCAUCACCCCGUCCCCGACGUCGUUGCCGGCGGAGCUCGACUCCGUCCUCACUGCCGAUGCGGAGCUUUUAUGCGAGUUCUCCUAUCGACCCAACAUCAGAAAGUAUCGCCUGAAGCGUCGGUCACGGAUCGUCGACGUCUUUUGUAUCCCUCGCGAGGAUCACCUAGCGCACGCCUCUGCGCCCGCUCCGAACGUACAGGUUCUCCUAUUGCCUUCCUCACUGCAUCGUCCUCCGGUCGGCCCUCGAGAAGCAAAGCUGGACAGAAUAGACCGUACAGACGACGUCGGUAGCGCCAGAACCAGGAGCACCGAUGAGACAUCCAUCCCACUGAGAACUGAUAGUGAGGCCGCCCGCUCUCACCGACAUGCUGGCCAGAGCUAUAUCACUUGGCCGCGUAGGACGAAGCUGCCCGAGCUAUCAUGGACAGACACAUAUACCGACUACGCUCGGCUUGGGUCGACAACGAAGCCGCCGACUCUAUUCCCGGGAGUUCUCGAGGGAACAGGUGUGGUUUUUGCGCCGUUGGCACUCGGAGAACCACGGGAUAAGUGGCCAACCUCCAUCCCACUACCGGGACUGAAGCGAAUAGUGGUUUCUUUUAGACCAACGAAAACAAAGAUACCUGGUCCGUGGGUCGAACACCUCCUGCACCUCCACAACUUCAACCGGCCGGUUCGCGAGACGAUCAUUCUGUUCCGACCCGGGGCCAGACUCGAUGAGGGAUACGAACAGGACGACUACGACCGGGGCCACUGGUGGCUGGGUGAGCUCCUGGCUACUCUGUUUGCGAGCGUCCCAAACAACAACCUUGGCGCUGUCACGGUUGUUGGACUGCAACAGGCCGCACCGGGUUGGCCCGGAGAGCAAGGACAAGCCGCAUCGCAGCUCAAGCGUGUCCUGAGUCACUUCGGCCCCCAACUCAGCCCGAGGCGCGAUUGGAGCGACGUUGCUGCCGCCCGCUUCCUCAGCCUCGAUGCGUACGAGGCGACAGUGACACCAGCCGAGUUCGAGCUCGAGACCUGUCCAGUAUAG